GAUGAUCUGCUCUAAUCAAUCACACCGGCGGUUGGAAUGGUGGUUCCCUUCUAUUCUCUCCUGCUCUCCGGUGUAGUACGACUAUUUAUACAAAAAGGAACCUGUGCGCACGAUCUGCCUCAUCGGAGCGGUUCAGUUUUGUGUUUAGCCAGUGCGCUCUCGGUACAGAAUCAUCUGAGAAAGUCAAGCAGGCCGGGUUCUUCCGCAAACGCCAAACAUCUCAAAACAGUGGUUUCUAUUUUUCCAUCAACGACUUCAAGUGCUUCCAUCCAAAAACUUCAAGUGCUGCAAUAUGGCUUGUACCGUGGUUCCGAAUGCCAUUUUUAAGAACGGCAACAGCAUCCCCAUGAUCGGACUGGGCACCUGGAACUCUCCCCCGGGACAGGUUGCGCAGGCCGUAAAGGAUGCCAUUGACGUCGGGUACCGGCACAUCGACUGUGCUCAUGUGUACCAAAACGAGCAUGAGGUUGGCGAAGGAAUUGAGGCUAAAAUUGCUGAAGGUGUCGUCAAGCGAGAGGAUCUCUUCGUGACCAGCAAACUGUGGAACACCUUCCACCGGCCGGAUCUGGUUGAGGGUGCCUGUAAGACGACGCUGACGAACCUCAAACUCGAUUAUCUCGAUCUGUACCUGAUUCACUGGCCGGUGGGCUAUCAGGAAGGGUCGGAGCUGUUCCCGAUGGGACCGGAUGGUAAGACGUUCAUAUUUUCGGAUGCCGAUUACGUGGAUACGUGGACCGAAAUGGAGAAACUCGUCGAUGCCGGGCUGGUGCGCAAUAUUGGGCUUUCCAACUUUAACGCCAAACAGGUUCAGCGUGUGCUCGACAUUGCACGGAUCGCCCCGGUAACGAAUCAAAUCGAGUGCCACCCUUAUCUACACCAGUCCAAGAUUACUUCGUUCUGUGCCGCGAACGGGAUCAUCGUGACGGCGUACAGUCCGCUCGGAUCACCAGCUCGACCCUGGGUGAAAGCAGACGAUCCGGUACUGAUGGAUGAUGCUGCGGUUGGCGAGCUGGCCAAAAAGUAUGGCAAAACUACGGCGCAAAUUUUGAUCCGCUACCAGAUCCAGCUGGGACACGUCGUUAUUCCGAAAUCGGUUACGAAGGAGCGAAUUGCAUCGAAUUUUGACGUUUUUAGCUUCCAGCUGGAUGAUGCAGAUAUGAAAGUGUUGGCCGGAUUGGAAAGGAAUGGACGCAUCUGUCCGGAAUCGAGCGCCUUUGGACAUCCGCAUCAUCCGUUUGAGAAGGAAGAAUAGAGGGGAAAUAUUCCACGCAUGGAAGGGGUGUUUCUAGAAGGAGUUUUACCAAUAAAAUACAUUUUACUUCGUGUACAGUACACGCUUUGAAA